AUGCCGCCGACCACAGGCACUCGAACGUCUACGAGACAAGGGCGGGCCACGGUCCGACCUACCAACUACUAUGCGCGCACCUUCGCCGGCCGCCUCGCCGCCAGCGGGAUGGAGCAGACGCCCGAGGCUUCCAACAGCGCGCCCGGCUUCCUGCCCGCCCUCACACACUUUACAGGCGCCGUCGACGCAUUCCCCAAGGAGAUAAUCAAGCACUUCUCCAUGUUCAAGGAAGUCGAAGCGAAACUCCACGACCCAGAGCAGAUGCUCACGGAGCUGCUUGACGAGAUCGCCCAGCAGCCCGUCACCACUAAGGCGCAGCUGGCGGCUGUGGAACAGGCCUCUACAGCAUCCGAAAACACCACCAAUCUCAACCCAUCCAACCCCGACAGCCUCUCCCCCGAAGAGCAGGCGGCGAUCCAGAAGCGCCAGCUCUUCUUUCGCCUCAGAAUGCUCAUCGCGAACAUGCUCCCCACGCUCGACGAGAAGCUGGUAGUCCUCCAGGGCGCCAAAGCCACCAAAGACAAGGGCCUCAUGCGCAUGCACCACUCCUUCUCCCAGCUCGACGGCGAAAUCAGCGACGAAGCGCGAUACGGCAGCCUCACACACUGGGCAUACGCGGACAAGGAGGAGAAGAAAAAGGGCGGUCAGAACCACGAGCGACAACGGCGCGAGGUGGCUGCGGCGAACAAUCUGGCCGCGGCCGCCCAGCAUGUGCAUGACGUCGACUCAAUUGCGGCGAAGAGCGAGGCCAGACGCGAAGCCAUGCAGGCCAACAAGCGCAGUCGUCAUCACCAGGUCGAUUCCGAUUUCGACGACCGACCCGCCAAGAAGCCACAGAAGAGGAAGCCUAUGCCCGCAGAGACAGCAGGGCCAGACAGCAGGAACCUCGGGUUGGGCAUCUCGAGCAAUGGCGCAGGUCCGCACGGCAAGCGAAAGAAGACCGAAAAGGCCCUCGCUGCAGCGGCACCAGCUGCCCCGGCCAUGGAGCGAUCAAUAAGCAAUGCUCUGAAAGCUACCAGCAACGGCGUACGAGGUGGCUCAAGCCCACGGGGUACCCCAGGUCCAGAGAGCGCCGCAGCGAAGCGCAAACCGCGUGCCGCUCCCGUGCCUGCGCAACGCAAGAACCCGCUUCCGCCGUAUUCGCCCCCAAUGGCAUCGUCCCCCCUGGCCGCCAAUUUUGCCAUCAACAAAGCAAUUGCCGGUGCAUCGGAUCGACCGUUGUCUGCACGUGCGCGGAAGAACUCCACAGCCAACUCGGUGGCGUCGCUCAAAGACCAAGAGGCUCCUGCGGCACGGCGCCCCUCCUCUUCUCAUUCCGUACAACAAGCCGCUAGUAGCAAUGUCAUUACAGAGCUUGAGCAGGCUGCUGGGAUCGUGCGGGACAAUACCUCGGUAAAGGGCGCAUCGACUCCCAAGGAGAGCGCAGAGGUCCCGCCGCCCUUUGACACAUCCAACAUGAAGUUGGAAGAUCUGGGACAGCCUGAGCCAGAGAGUAUGGACGUUGAUCCUCCUGUGCCGGCAGCAGCCUCUGCAAGGCCCGGUCGCACUUCAAAGACUGCGACACCUGUUAUUGGUGCGUUCCCAGAGAUAUCAAUGGCGAGAAGUCGCAGCAGUCGCAACGCGAACAAUGGCAACUCCAACUCCAACACCUCAUCCGAGAACAACAGCACGACAGGCACCGGGUCGAAACGAGGCCACAAGAAGAACACGCAACCGACUACUGCCACUGCCUCCCCCGCCAUGAAACCCGUCCCCAACGUGAAAUCGAACCCCCCGUCCUCCGCCGCAAGCUCCGUCGCACAAGAACAGGAAUACCAAGAAGCCGAGGUAGAAGCCGAGCCCGAAUCGGAAGCUGAAGAAGACGGCGACGAGCCCCGAUACUGCUACUGCAACGAAGUGUCGUAUGGCAACAUGAUUGCCUGCGACAACGACGACUGCCCCCGCGAGUGGUUCCAUCUUGCUUGCGUCAACCUUGACAAGCCGCCCACUGGCCGGACCAAAUGGUUCUGCAGUGACGAGUGCAAGGAGACACACACCAAGACCAAGGCCAAGGGGGGCCGUCCAGGCAGUAGUAGGCAAUAG